ACGAUGUUCAAAGCCCUGCGUCGACUACACGGUCAAAAUCUCGAAAGUCGGGGCCUCAACGACAUGUCAGAGGCAUUUCAAUCGUUUGUAACGAGAGCGCGCUUCUUCAGUGUUGGCAAACUAAGGCGAACGUGGUCACAUUCUGCGGCUGAGUUCAUCAAAUAUCGCCGUUUAUUGCCAAUGCUAAUGGCAGAUGGACAGAAUUUUGACGGAGGGGAAACGGAUGAAUGUAUCAGAUAUCAGAGAAAUUUGUAUAAAGAUGUUUCGAUAGCAUUCCAAUUAUCAAGUCAAACUCAUAUAAUAAUUGGAAAUACGAGGAAGAAAGAAGUAUGGGAUGUUUCAGAUUUCGACGCUUCGUUAGCAUUUCAUGCAAAAGCCAAAGAAGACAGAAAGAUUAUAGUAACGAAUGUCUCCUCUAGAAUCACAUCUCCGCAGCUGCAGUCGUUUUUCUCACAGUUUGGAAAGAUCUCGCAUUGCUCAUUACCACGCGAGGAUCGACGUCAGACAAUGUUUGGCACGCUACCGCGACAUUUUAAGAAUUGCGGAACAGCUGUGAUAACAUUUAAGAAAGCAGAAGAUGCAGAAAAGGCGAAAAAUGCAACACCAGAACAAUUGAGGUUCUACGAGCAAGUAAUGGUUGUAUCAGCGUACGUAUCUCGACGUAAAGGAGGAAAAGGAGUGAUACUGUCGGAUGAUAGCAAAGAUGACGUAUAUAGCCUAUGCCGUGCACCAUCUGAUGUAUCCCUGGCGUCUACAACAUUGUCAACGAGCGGAUACGAGGGCACCUCAUUGGAUGAUCUUCCACCAGCUGGACUGGAACGAAUCGCUGCUUAUCUGCCUGUAAAUGACGCGAUUCGCAUGGAACGUGUCAGCAAGCGUUGUAUGGAAGCAUCAAUGAAGUCCUGGUCAUUAGUGCCACGUCUAAUUGUCGGCAGGGAUUGCGAAGGAUUCGGGAAAAGCAACCCAUUUAGGAAUCAUCAUUUAAAAGGCACCUCAUUGGAUGAUCUUCCGCCAGCUGGACUGGAACGAAUCGCUGCUUAUCUGCCUGUAAAUGACGCGAUUCGCAUGGAACGUGUCAGCAAGCGUUGUAUGGAAGCAUCAAUGAAGGUAUAA